AUGAACGAGUCGUCUCUAUACGACGAGUUCGGGAACUACAUUGGACCGGAGCUUCCAAGCAGCGAUGAAGAGUCUUCUUCUGCUUCUGAGAGUGACAAGGAUGUCUCAUCUGACUAUGGAAGUGACGCUGACGGUCCUGCGCGAGCAGUAUCGUCACUGACGCUCGAGACCACUCCUGCAGAUGAUAAUCGUAACCGGGGUACUAUUAUCCACGACGAGCAGGCAAUUAUCCUACAUGAAGAUAAACAGUAUUAUCCAGAUGCGCGCCAAGUGUAUGGCAACGAAACCGAGCUUUUGGUUAUGGAAGAAGACGCGCAGACGAUUGAGACGCCGCUCGUUGAACCGGUCAAGAUAAAAUCCUAUUCCAAGCACAUGGAUAAAAUCCCACGCACGACGUAUUCGACGGCAUUUCUCACAAGUCUCAUGGACUCGCCGUCGCUGCUGCGACAUGUGGCGAUUGUUGGGAAUUUGCACCACGGGAAGACGCUUUUUGUGGAUUUACUCGUGCAACAAACACUUGUAGAGCAAUGGAUAAAAGCCGAUACCGAAGCCGAGACGCUGGACAAGCGCUUCACCGACACGAGACACGACGAACAGCAGCGUCGCGUCAGUAUCAAGAGCACGCCCCUGUCGCUCGUGCUGCCGACGUCUCGAGGAAAACAUUAUCUGCUGAACGUCUUGGACUGCCCUGGCCACGUGAAUUUCUCUGACGAGACAACCGCCGCGCUGCAGAUUGCGGACGGAGCUGUGCUGGUCGUGGACGCUAUUGAAGGCGUGAUGAUGAAUACGGAACGGGUGGUCCGAGCAGCGUUGCGAGCUCAUGUGGCGAUCGUGUUGGUGCUGAACAAGGUGGACCGGUUGAUUAUUGAGCUCAAGUUGCCACCGGCUGAUGCGUACUUUAAAUUGCUGCACACAAUUGGCGAAGUGAAUGCGAUUAUUGACACACACACGCCAGCGGACCAGAAAAAGCAGCGGCUGUCACCGGAACUGGGCAACGUGUGCUUUGCCUCAGGGCAGCACGGAUGGUGCUUUACACUUGAGUCAUUUGCACAGAUUUAUGCCGAGACGUACCCUGGUGUUCCGUCAGCGACCUUGGCAGCGCGGUUUUGGGGAGACAAGUACUACAAUCCGCAGACGAGGACGUUCACGAAGAAGUCGCCAUAUCCGGGUGCGUUGAGGUCGUUCAUCCAGUUUGUCCUGGAGCCACUGUACAAAAUGUACUCGAAAGUGCUCAACGGUGAUCCGAAAGAGCUCUCGGCAUCGCUACGGGCCAUGGGAAUACGUUUAAGAAAAGAAGAGCUAAAUCUGAACCCGCGGCCGCUGCUCAAACUUGUCCUUGGCAGCUUUUUUGGGAACGUGACGUGUGGUUUCGUGGAUAUGGUCGUGGCUCACGUUCCUUCACCGCUUGCGACAGCAAAGACCAAACUCGCAAACGUUUACACAGGAAAUCAGUCUUCUGAAUUGAGUAUCGUGCGAGGUAUCCAGUCUUGCGACCCGAAGGCGCCUUUGAUGAUCAAUAUCGUGAAACUGUACUCAUCACCAGAUGGCACGACGUUCAGUGCUUUUGGCCGCGUGUACUCUGGCGAGGCUCGCGAAAACAAGGAUGUUAAGAUCCUGGGCGAAGCGUAUAGUGCUGAAGAUGACGAGGACAUGUGCACGCGGACUAUUGGAAGCGUUUGUGUCGCCCAGGGACGAUACAAUAUCAAAGUGAACCGCAUUCCAGCGGGCAACUGGGUGUUACUUGAAGGCGUGGACGCGUCGAUUACAAAAAGUGCUACCAUCACUGAUGCCGACUACAACCUGCUACAGGAUGAGGAAAUCGGCAUUUUUCGACCUAUUCACAUGUCUUAUGGCACGACUGCUGUAAUGAAGCUUGCCGUUGAGCCGCUGAACCCAGCUGAACUACCUAAAAUGCUGGAGGGACUGCGGAAGAUUAGUAAGAGUUAUCCACUCGUUCGCACGAAAGUGGAGGAGAGUGGUGAACACGUGAUUCUGUGCACGGGCGAGCUGGCCGCCGACUGCAUCUUGCACGACCUGCGGCGAAUGUAUGCAGAGAUAGAAAUCAAGGUUGCAGAUCCCGUUGUCGCUUUCUGUGAGACUGUCGCUGAGACGUCUUCGGUGCAGUGCUUUGCCGAGACCCCGAACCAGAAGAACAAGAUUACCAUGAUCUCUGAGCCACUGGACGCAGGUCUUUCGCAAGAUAUUGAGUUGGGUGCCAUUAAGCUCGACAUGAGCAAGAAGGAUGUGGCUAGUUUCUUCCAGACCAAGUACACUUGGGAUGCUCUCGCUGCUCGGUCCGUGUGGGCAUUUGGACCCAGUAGUAAUGGGCCGAACGUUUUGCUGGACGAUACGCUCCCUACGGAAGUGGACAAGUCGUCACUGAAUAUGGUCAAGGACAGCAUCGUGCAGGGAUUCCAAUGGAGUUGUCGUGAAGGACCACUUUGUGACGAGCCAAUUCGCAACACGAAGUUCAAGAUUCUUGACGCUACAAUCGCUUCAGAGCCGAUUCACCGCGGUGGUGGUCAAAUCAUUCCAACUGCGCGCCGUGUUGCCUACUCGGCAUUCCUCACCGCUACACCGCGAAUGCUGGAGCCCAUUUACUCGUUGGAAAUCCAGUGCCCAGCCGAUACCGUGUCUUCUCUGUACCAAGUGUUGAGUCGUCGUCGUGGCCACAUCACACAUGACGCUCCUAAGGCUGGUUCUCCGCUGUACACCGUGCUGGGUUACGUCCCAGUGAUUGAGUCCUUUGGACUGGAGACGGACCUGCGCGUGUUCACACAGGGCCAAGCUUUCAUCACGCAAGUGUUUGAUCACUGGGCAGUGGUUCCGGGUGAUCCGUUGAACACCGACGUGGUGCUUCGUCCACUGGAACCGGCUCCGGUGAAUGACUUGGCUCGCGAGUUCAUGAUAAAGACUCGGCGUCGCAAGGGGCUGAGUGAAGAUGUGAACGUGAGCAAGUACUUUGACGAGCCAAUGCUUCGUGAAUUGGCGCGACACGAGAUCGAGCUACAGCACCUCAUCUGA